AUGACAGCACGUUGGGCGGACAUGGUCUUGGAGGAUGAGGCUGUCGGCUUUGAGCCUGUUGGUGAUACGGUUGGAGUUAUUCAGACGGAGGGCGUGCAGUCUUGGACGGUGGUAAGACGCUUCUUGACCGAAAAGCUGAUCAAGAUUGAGUAUAUGCGCCAAGUAAUGGCAUUGGUUUGGCAGCCGGUUAGAGGCGUUCAAGUGUCGGAGCUACAGCCCAAUCUGUUCCUCUUUGUUUUCUUCCAUGAAUCAGACAUGCAUCAUGUUCUACAAGAAGGCCCUUGGUCAUUUGAAAACCACACGCUAAUCUGUCGGCAGGUGCAAGAUGGCGUCCUCCCGGGGGAUGUCGUACUCGAUGCAGUUGACAUGUGGGUUCAAGUUCAUGACCUACCCCUUGGCUACACAUCUGAUGAAGUCCUAGAGCAGGUUGGGAACUUCUUGGGUUCGUUUGUUCGCUGUGAUGAUAGGUUUGCGGGGACUCCCUGGCGAUCGUUCUAUAGAGUGCGGGUUGCUAUUCCAGUUGCGCGUCCGAUCAAAAGACGCAUGCGACUGGUGAAGAGAGACAAGCAGUGCUGUUGGGUUACUUUCAAGUACGAGAGGCUACAUACUUUCUGCUUCUUCUGCGGAUUCCUCGGCCACUCGCAUAAAUUUUGUUUGAGAGCGCGAGAGUCGGGGCUGCCUCUGGAUCAGUACCCGUAUGGUGCUGACCUACGUGCUGGAGGUGGAAGAGGGACGAGAGCGGUGGGCGAUCCAUGGCUGGUGCCGUUAGGAGGCUCGCCACGAGCAGCGGACUCGCCGGCGGUGUCGGCCAGUGAGAAUUGUGGCGGGAGGGGUGCACCGCAGCAGUCCAGUAAACAGAUUGAGGAACGCGGCAUUGUUGCGGUGUCAAAGCGCUGCCUUGAAGGGAGCGGGCCCGGUAGUAGGCGGUCGGGCAGUGGCAAUGGUGACGUUACCAUGACUGAGGUUUCAAAAAACUUGCAUAUGGCGGGUACUGGUUCCCAGUCCCGCCCGUCAUCAUGA